UUUGCUCAUCUUAUAAGACCCAUUAUAGGAGGUCACAGUGGACCGGAGGCGUGCUCUCGACCUGCGCGUGAGAAUUUCCUUCUCGUCACUCACAUGUGUUUCAUGCGAUAAAGAAACUGUUCAACAGUACACGCACAAAGAGGAAGGAAAAUGAAGAUACACUUUUCAGCGCUGGUGAUAUUAGCAGGCUGGAUGAUGUCUGGAGGCAGCACAGAGAGCAAUGCAACAACAGGAACUACAGUUGCGACUACAUUUACCUCAGAUGUAGCGACUUCACUAACACACACACCAUCAGCAGAUUCCUCUCAGACGCAAUCAACUAAUGAAUCUGUCUCCACGAUCCACAACACAAAUCAAACCACGACUGAGUCCCCGCACAAUGUGAGCAUGAGCACUACGAACAGCUCCACACCUGCCCAGACAACAUCAAAUACAACCUCUGACUAUAACGCUACCUCUGCAGCGACUGUGCUCACCAGCGCGGCCCACAACGCGACCAACGCGUCGACCAGCGCGUCGACCAACGCGUCGACCCCAGUCACAUCGGGUUUGGUGAAUGAAACUCUGACAACACCCUCCUCAGAGAACCAUACCUCAGAGAACACAACUCUGGGAAGCACAAAACCGGUGGUUACUGCUGCCAAAAGCACAACUACACCAAUCAUUUCUACGACUAAAACGGUGCCCACUACUUCUGUGUUAACAUCACCAACAAAAAAAUCAACAGCAGCAACAAGAACAACAAAAACAACAACAACCACCACAAAACCAGUAACAACCAAACCCCCGGGCUCUGCUGACCACGAAAAGAAGGAUCAUCUGAGCUCAGGAAGUGUCGUUGCCAUCGUAAUUGGCUUUAUUGCUAUUGUACUAAUUUUACUUGUUGGUGCGUACUACUUCAAAAUGCGACGCUCUUCUUAUGGACGUCUUUUGGAUAAUAGUGAUCACAGCUCUGUGGGGAAUUUUCUUAACCCAGUGUUUGAUGGCUAAAUGGGGAAGUGUACAUGAAGAAAUUUUUUCUAAAGAAAACAACCUACACGUCUUUUGCAAUUUAUGGUAACAUCAGAUUCAGGAUUUAGGACCUAAAAUAAGAUGCACUGAUGAGAAUCAUCAAGUCGUUUUAGAGUGUAGGCAAGACUUCCUGUGAGUAUUAGCAUGAAGGCAGGUUGCGGGGCAUUUUGGUCCCAUUCAAAGGAAAUUUUAAGUGAUGUCCUAGAAAUUUCUUUUUUGUUUGCUUGUGUAAUGUUUAGUCUUGGGUAUAUUUUUUGACUUCUUCAUGUUGCUUGCUCUGUUUGUGUCAUGAUCAUUUUUUUAAGAGUAAAUAAACCACAACAUUAGCUGUAUUUUUUCUUAAUCGAAGCCUCACAUCUCAAACAGGCCACUUGCGAUCAUUCUUGGUCUUCAAGAGUGACCUUAUCAUGUACCAUAAUUACAGCUCUGGCCUCAGCUGUGGCCUCCCACUAUUCAUCCAAAGACAGUCUCUUUUUUAAACGUGAAAACCGUUUAACAUUUCUGUAUCCUCAACAAUGACAGAUUUUUCCCCUUGUCAUUGUAAUGGCAGGGAUUCACAAGCAACAUGCAAUUAAGCAUUUAAACAGUCAAGACUGUUAUUAGAGACUUAAAAAUAAGCCAUCAAGCAAAUGGAGGCACAUUAACAAAACAUCUGGUGUUCUGGCCUGUUUGAGAUGGGGUUUAAUUAGUUGUGCUACAGCAGUUUACCACAUCUAGAAAUGUAUUUUUGAAUGUUUAAAACCGUUUAUGUAGUUUCCUCGCCUAGUUUUUUGCUACCUGUUUAACAGCAACCACUGUUUCCUGUUUUUGCAAAUGCUCUAGUUUCAAGAAUGGUAUAAACCACAUGAACAUGGUCUAAAUCACUGGUCUACAGCAGCAGCAAGUGAUUGUAAAACUGUCAAUGUCUAUGUAAAAUUAUUGUAUUAAAAAUCACUAAUAUAUUAUAUCAUA